CAAAAUCUAUCCUUUAACCUAAACACAAAUGUCCAUUUUCUACAUAAAACCUUCUUCUUCUCUUCUUCAGAACAGUCUCCAAACCCCACAUUACUCUCUACACUCUCCUUCUUCCUCUUUUCUCUCUGUUUCUAUUAAAACUCCAAAAUGAAAAAAUUGCUACAAAUAUUUACAUGCAAAAAACUCUAGAAAUCUUUUUCUCUUGAAAAAAAAUUCAAACUUGUAAAGAUGGGAUUUUGAUUAAAGGGUUUUAAUAGCAAAGGCUGUUUUUUUUUUUGGCUUCGUUUUCAAUUAAUGGCUGAAAACAGCAAUAAUGGCUGUGUAGCCUCAAACCUACUUUUUUGUACAGAAACUAAGAGUAGUCUUUAUUUUGAUGAUCUUGAUUUUGACCAAAAAACAGUUCAAGAAAACAGUAAAGUUUUGAGCUUUAAUAACUAUGGCAAAUCAGAGACAUUAUUGGUUGAAUUAUUUCCAAGUUUAAGUGACGAAACCUUUGGUUUUAUGUUGAAAAGGGAAAAAGAUUUUUGUCCUAAAGAUGAUUAUCUUAAGAGGUUGAGAAAUGGUGACUUGGAUUUGAAUGUUAGAAGAGAAGCUCUUAAUUGGAUUUGGAAGGCUCAUGUGCAUUAUGGAUUUGGAGAGCUGAGUUUUUGUUUGUCAAUAAAUUACCUUGAUAGGUUUCUAUCUUUGUAUGAAUUGCCAGGAGGUAAAACUUGGACAAUUCAAUUGUUAGCUGUUGCUUGUUUAUCCCUUGCAGUUAAAAUGGAAGAGAUUAAUGUUCCCUUGACUGUUGAUUUACAGGUUGAGGAGCCUAAGUAUUUAUUUGAAGGUAAAACAAUACAAAGGAUGGAGCUUAUGGUAUUGAGCACAUUGAAAUGGAGAAUGCAGGCUUAUACACCUUGCAAAUUCAUUGAUUAUUUUAUGAGAAAGAUGAAUGCUGAUCAAAUCCAAUCAAGGCAAUUGAUUUCUAGAUCAAUGCAACUAAUAUUAAGCACAAUAAAAGGUAUUGACUUCUUGGAAUUCCGGCCUUCUGAAAUUGCUGCAGCAGUGGCAAUGUCUGUUUCUUUAGGGGAAAGGCCACAAGCAAAAGACAUUGAUAAGGCAAUGCCUUGCUUCUCCAAACAAGUAGAAAAGGACAGAGUGAUGAAGUGUCUUGAGUUGAUUCAAGAUUUGACAUUGGUUAGUGGGACUAGUGCUACCACUACUGCAGCAGCUGCUGCAUUAGUACCUCAAAGUCCCAAUGGGGUGUUAGAAGCUGCAUGUUUGAGCUAUAAAAGUGGUGAAGGAACAGUUGGCUCGUGUCCAAAUUCAUCACACAGUAAUAGUCCAGAUGCUAAAAGGAGGAAACUUGACACAACAUCAUCCAUUUCUUGAGGGGACUAGAGGGAAAAGAAGUCAUGAAAAUCUGAAUUUUUUUAACCCCUUAAUGGAAGAUUUAUUGUGUGGCUUUUAAAAGUCAGUCGCAGACAAAAGCAAAUUUGAAAAAGAGAGAAAAGGGUGGAAAAAUAGGGAAGGUCCCAUGCUUUUAGCAUGAAAAGAAUUGUCACCAGCUGUUAAUAAUAAUAAUAUCCUGAGUUGUCAACAACCAUAGUAAUAGGAGGUUGAGGAGAAGGAUGGAGUUUUGUUUUAUUUUAUUUUAUUUUACCAUUUUUUGGGUUAUUAUUUUAAUUUCAAAAUGAAAAAAAAUAUAGAAAAGGUUGGGAUAGGGAGGAGGCUGAAGAAAAAAAAAAGGAAGGAUAGAGGAUUAAGUAGUAUAGUUAGUGGAGGAUAUUAAAUGGUGGUAUUGUUUUAUUAUUGCUAUUUUGUAGUGAAAUUUUGAUGUAUUUUAAUGGCACUCCAUAUGCUUAUUUCUUGGAGUAGCCAUGUAGAUGAGGUGUUAUGGAAUAAAACUUCCAAAAAAAAGGCCUUGUGCUCUUCAUUUUUGUUAAUGAUGGUGCAUUGUGUUCA